UGCCCUCUGAACAUGAGCCAACAUCGACACUUUACGUCAAGAAUUUCGUCCGUCCUUUAACACUCCAAAAGUAUAAGACAUUAUCAUCGGCAAUUAAUGCCAGACAAUCUCUCUGGCAAGUUACUUUUCCAGCUGAGACAGGUCGACCUCUGGAACUAGAAUAUUUGACUAUAGAAAGAGCAAAAGAAUUAAUCGCGGAUGCAGAAGCAAAAACAGUUCCGCCUGCAGGUCAUGAUACAAGAUCUAAUGGAAAAAAUAAUACUACUAUAUCAAAUGUGCGGCAAACCGUAAAUCAUGUCGCGCCUGAACUUAUUUUUUCACGUACAAAUGCAAAACCUUCUUUAUUUUACAAAACUGUCGCACAGGAGGAGGCAGAAGCGAGAUUACAGAUUAUGGAAAGGAGAAGGGGAAAAAAUAGGACAUAG